AUGUCAGCUCCCUCCACAGAAGCCAUCACAUCAUCCAUGAAUCACAAUAAUUCCACUCAUUCAUCAUCCUCGGUUGUUGUUAGAAAGAUUGCUUGUGUAGGUGCCGGUUAUGUGGGUGGUCCUACAAUGGCCGUCAUUGCCAACAAAUGCCAUCACAUUCAAGUAGUUAUCUUUGACGUGAACAAGAAGAGAAUUGACCAAUGGAACAGUGAUAAAUUACCAAUCUAUGAACCUGGCUUGGAUGAGCUUGUUUUUGAAAGAAGAGGAAAGAACUUACAUUUCACGACUGAUUACGAAUCUGUUCUUGAUGCCGAUAUUAUCUUCUUCUCCGUUAACACUCCAACCAAACAUUACGGUAUCGGAAAGGGUCGAGCAGCAGAUUUGAAAUAUAUUGAAUUAUGCGCACGACAAUUGAGAAACGCCAUUCAACACGGACGAAAAAUCAUUGUCGAGAAGAGUACAGUCCCGAUCAGAACUUCAAUGGCAUUGAAGAAAAUUCUCACCUCUGGAGAGAGUAAGGCUCACUUUGAUAUCUUGUCUAAUCCAGAGUUUUUAGCAGAAGGAACAGCCAUCAGUGAUUUGAAUAAUCCUGAUCGAGUACUCAUUGGAGGUGAAAGUGAGGAAGCUAUUGCUACAUUGUCAUCGGUCUAUGAGCACUGGGUUCCAAAGGAAAGAAUUAUUACUACGAACUUGUGGUCCAGCGAGUUGAGCAAAUUAGUGGCUAACUGCAUGUUGGCACAACGUAUUUCAUCUAUUAAUGCCAUCUCUGCUCUCUGCGAAAAAACAGGAGCUGAUGUUUCUCAGGUAGCUCAUGCGGUAGGCAAGGAUACUAGAAUUGGUUCAAAGUUUUUGCAAGCAAGUGUUGGAUUUGGUGGUAGUUGCUUCCAGAAGGAUAUUUUGAAUUUGGUAUAUCUUGCUGAACACUACAAUCUUCCAGAAGUAGCAGACUAUUUCUAUGGAAUUGUUAGAAUUAAUGAUUAUCAAAGAGAACGAUUUGCCAAGAAGGUCAUUCACAAGUUAUUCAACACUGUAUCGAAUAAGAAAAUCACCGUUCUAGGUUUUGCAUUCAAAAAAGACACUGCAGAUACUCGUGAAUCAAGUAGUAUUUAUAUUUGUAAGGCAUUAUUAGAAGAACAUGCCAAUAUUCACAUUUAUGAUCCUAAAGUGCCUGAAGAGCAAGUUCGUUAUGACAUGAAGAGUAUUAUGAACGGAUGUUACGAGGGCGACUUUAGUGCCAGAUUUGAAGAAUCACCAGAGAGCGAACUUGUCAAAUCUAACAUUCAUUGUGCCACAGAUCCAUAUGAAGCUGUUAAGGACUCUCAUGCCAUCCUUGUCAUGACUGAAUGGGAUGAAUUUAAGACGUAUGACUACAAGAGAAUCUUUGAACUGAUGAAAAAGCCAGCUUACAUUUUUGAUGGAAGAAAUAUUCUGAAUGGUAAACAAUUAGAAAGUAUUGGAUUUGAUGUGUAUCAAAUCGGAAAGCAAGAAACAAACCCAGCCGAUUGGUAA